CUUGAAGCGUUUGACACACGCGGUUCUGAAACUAGCGCUUGCUUUGAGCAGUUCGCUGCGGAUGGGACGGAUGUUAGCUGAAGUCUGCAAACUGUUUGUUCAGAGAGUAGCGCGGUACCAUAUAGUCACUCGUGGAGACAGCAGGAAGAACAGCCCCAGCCAUGGAAGAGGAACAGAGUGGAGAGGACCUGUCUAGUUAUCCGGCAUCGUCACAGGAGGAGAUUCACAGCCUCCCUGCCCUCCCCCAGAACCUCUCGGAUGUAGAUGCGAUGCAGCUGCUGUGGGAGGUGAAGAUGCAGCGCCGGCAGCAGUGUCCGGAUCUCCCCGAGACGGUGUCGCAGCUGCAGGGGGAGGACGGCAGCGUGGUGUACCUGGUUGGGACGGCACACUUCAGUGAGAGCAGCAAGCAAGACGUGGUCCGGACGAUCCAGGCAGUGCAGCCGGAUGUGGUUCUGGUUGAGCUGUGUCAGUACAGGGUCUCUAUGCUGAAAAUGGAUGAGAAAACGCUGCUAAAGGAGGCCAAAGAAAUCAACCUGGAGAAGGUGCAGCAAGCCAUCAAGCAGAAUGGAGUAAUGUCAGGGCUGAUGCAGAUCCUGCUUCUCAAGGUGUCGGCUCACAUCACAGAGCAGCUGGGCAUGGCGCCAGGGGGAGAGUUCAGGGAGGCCUUCAGAGAGGCUGGCAAGGUGCCCUUCUGUAAGUUCCACCUGGGGGACCGGCCCAUUCCCGUCACCUUCAAGAGAGCCAUCGCAGCGCUGUCUCUCUGGCAGAAAAUGAAGCUGGCCUGGGGGCUGUGCUUCCUGUCCGACCCCAUCAGUAAGGAGGAUGUUGAGAAGUGUAAGCAGAAGGACCUGCUGGAGCAGACCAUGUCAGAGAUGAUCGGGGAGUUCCCUGACCUGCACCGCACCAUCGUAGCCGAGAGAGACAUCUACCUCACCUACAUGCUGAAACAGGCAACCCAGAGAGUGGAGCUCCCUGCACUGCAAGAGAAGGUCCCGGCAGUGGUGGUGGGCGUGGUCGGGAUGGGUCACGUUCCUGGGAUUGAGAGAAACUGGGAUACACCACUCAACAUCCAGGAGAUCAUGAGUGUUGCUCCCCCCUCCCUCUCCGGCACUGUGUUGAAGACGGUUCUGAAGGGCUCGGUUCUGGUGAUUCUGGGAUACGCGUGUUACCGGGCUGGCUCUGGCGUGGGUCGAGUUCUGCUGUCAGUGCCAGUGGUCCAGACCUUCAUGAGACGCUUCGUUCCCAGUGGGCCCUGACUGGACCGGACCGGACCACACUGACGGACGCGGGAGCAGAGACCUCUUUUAUUCUUGUAGUUUACUGGGUUAUGAAUAAUAACUGUUUGCCUUAAUCCUACUGGCUGUAGGUCACUUAAUUACCUGCAGGGAGCGCCUCUCAGGCAAGAGGAGGGGUUUACAGGGACACGCCCCCUUCUAUGUGUGACCACGCCCCUUUUCUAAACUUCCUCUUGUGCCAAAAUUUGUCCGGGUGUAGGUUUGUUGUAGAUUUGUCCGGGUGUUUAUUUUUUAUAGUAGUAUAUCCAGAGUUUUCUUUCCUUUAAUGCUGCAGAGCUGAACCCUUUAGAGAUUCUAAACCUCACAGGCCGUCUCAGCCAAUCCGCUUCCCAGUAGAGCGCUCGCUGCGCCCAGGAGGACGCCCCCGGGAACGGCCGAAGCGACGCACUUCAUAAUAUAAUAAAAUCAUUGGAAUUCAA